UUUUCAGACGGGGACUGAGUCUUUACAAUGAGGCUCUCCCUGGUGUUCGAGCUUCUUCUCAUAUUCGUACUCUUGGCUUUCGCCGCAUCUAAGAGUAUAAAAAAACCGAAGAAUAGCAAAAAGAGUGUCCGCAUCGGAAGCGAUGAGAAACAGGAUGACGCAAGCAAUAACAUCAACAAGUACUGCAAAUGCUCAGAAUCGUACUGCAACUGUUGCCGAGACUUUCAGCUGCCCGUUGUCAACUUAGAUGGACCAGGUUGUGCAUCUCUACGGUACCUUAAUGGCGAUAAAAUGUCGGUUUCACUGAGCUUCGGAAAGAAGGUCAUCACCAACCGAACUCUCUCUGGUCGCAAGCCCACCCCAGUAUGCAUGCCACUGCCAGGGGGCAUUACAAAAUUCUGCGGAAGAGUUUACAAUAUUGCCCGUGCUGGUGAAGAAUUUAGGGCCUGUUUAGGCCUAGAACUUCAAUCUAAGAACAAUGUAGAAGCAGCCGUGAGAGUUUCCUGCUUUAAGUUCGGCCCUAGAGGAGUGACGUCAGAGGCGGCUGACCCGCUACCGUUAAUUCCUCAGGAUGAGAAGGCUGAUGAUGACGACGAUGACGAUGACGAUGAUGACGACGACGAUGCCUUUGGACUUGUAGGAGACGAUGACGAUGAUGAUGACGAUGACGAUGGUCUUGACGCUGUUAAUGACGUAGAUGGUGCAGACUACACGGGCUUCAGCCUUCUAGGUGACGACCUGUUGGGCGACCUAUUUGGCGGUUCAUCUGGAGGCAAGAAGACAAAAAACAAGAAUAAGAUUAAGAAACAAGCUCCUACUUCAACAACUACGACCACUAGGCGGCCUCGACCAUCUCGAAGACCAACCAGAAGGCCAACGAGAACUACCACCCCCAGGCCUACAACCACGACGAGCGUUAGAACUACUACUGUGAGGGUUCGCCCCGCGAGCAGAAGGCCUACUCGCAAACCAGCGAGGCGUCCGUCUCGCCCAUCUAGACGACCGCCUUCUACGACUGUGGAAGUCACACCGGUUACUGAAAUAUCUUCAACUAUCUCGUCCACGGAAACGACACCUAACAUUAAAAUAACUACUGCAGGACUUCCAUCAACAGAAAAUAUUCCAUUAGAAAGCCACGAAAAGGAACAAAUAUUCGAACCAGUAGUAAUUGUGACACAAAAACCUAUGUCUACAUUAGCUAAUUUAGCUACUAAAGAUGAAACGCAGUUUGGCGAUCCUGGCCUUGAAAUGUCAUUAGCACAACUAACUGGACAAUUAUCUGUAAUGCCUGUAACUCCUAUUUUACCUACUAGUUCUAAGGUAUCGAGUAUGAUUACUACCAACAGGGAACAAACAAAUUACGAGAAAAUUGAAACUAUCACUCCCAAAACAUCAACUACUGUUGCUUUUCAUCCCUCUUCUGAGGCCGAUGCUGUUAACGACGAUUUGGUGCAAAUAGUUCACGAUUUAGAUUCUCACUCAGAAGAAAGUAUUUCGGAGAAACCGGUUCAAUCAGCUGAUGAAAGUCGGUCUCAAAAUGGUCAAGGCGUUCCGAAUGAUUUCCAUAAAAGAUUAAAAUUUGUUAAAAAAAAUAAGGGGAACGAUUUUGACUACAAGGACUUAGAUGUUAUCGGAUUAUCUGAAAUCGGCGAUACCGUCGGGAAAGAAAUUGGUUUAUUGGGUAAAAAAAAUAAGGGGAGCGAUUUUGACUACAAGGACUUAGAUGUUAUCGGAUUAUCAGAAAUCGGCGAGACCGUCGGAAAGGAAAUUGGUUUAUUCGGAAAAAAUAAGAAGCAUAAUCGCGAUAAUAAGGAAAAGGAAAGCCAAAAAGUAAAAGAUGGUAAAAAAGGUAACAAAGACUAUGUUGAUAUUUUUGGACUAGAUGAAUUGAGUCAUACAUUAGGCUUUUCUGGAAAUGAUAACCAAAAAAAGAAAAAGCCCAGAGGAAGGCAAAACAAAAUGAUGCGAGGUGAUUGGGAUCUAGUAUGACGUUAAAGACAAUUAGAUAUAAGGUACCUAAAAUAUAAGGUUAUUUAUUUUUCUUAACUUAUUAAAUCGCUGUAAAUAGCAUUAUAACAUGAAAGUGAUGAUUAUUUAUUUUGACUGAUUUGAA